UAAUAAGAAGAGAGCUCAUGAUAUGGGCCUUAAAGUGGGCACAAGAAUACACGUUUGCGGUAUUAUACAUAACUCGGGCUCAAUGCGUGACAUUCUCGCUAAUAUUGUCAGAGAGUCUGACUUUAUUAUGUGUAACGUAUAUCCAGACAAUAAUGUAGUCAAAUCGGGUGCAGCAAAAUCGGUGGAAGCGGUCGGCAAUGCUUUCCUCGGCUAUCGGCAAAAGUUUAAAGAAGUGAACGGAAACAUCGAAGUUAUGAUCGGAGAGACCGGUUGGCCCUCAGAGGGUAUCAGCUUUAAUGCCUCGCCUAAUAAUGCAAAGAAUUUACGGGACUAUUGGAGCCAAAUGGGCGAAUGGGCCAAUAAGAACAAGGUUACGGUCCAUAUGUUUGAGGCCAUUGACGAGCCCUGGAAGUCGAGUAAAACAUCUGUAGAUAUGACUUCUCCGAGCGGUCCAAACGGUGCUGAGGGUCACUAUGGCUGGUGGCAAAGGGUCGACACUCCCGGCAAACCUAACUAUGUGACGGUGUUCGCAAUAACACUACUGAUGGUAUCAAAUGGUGUCUCAAAGGAUUCGCACGAAUAUAUCGAUGAAUUGAGUCAAAAAAGCUGUUGUGCCACUUAUACCAAAAGUAAACUAAUCCUGAUAAAAGAUCACAUAAUUGAUGACAAAUUUAAAGAUCUGACAGAAAAGUAUAAAUGGUCUGAAAGCGAUGUGGAGGACAAUGAGACUAUCAAUUCAAUUGUGGACUCAAUUCAAUGCAAAUAUAAUUGUUGCGGAACUGAUUCCUACAAGAGUUGGCAACAAUUAAGACCUAAGAAAGUCGAGUGGUAUCCAAACUCGUGUUGUUGUCAUUUAGAUCUUCAGCCCUCACAACACAAUUGUACCGAACAAUUGGCGAAUACAACAGUAAACUCAUGCUUUUCUGCACUAAAUGCCAAACUUAAAGACAUCAGAAAGUCUGUGGUAUUAAUGGCCGGAAUAGCGAUCGCUAACUCUGUAAUCAAACUAUUGGCGCCGAGUUCUCCCCAACACAUCAAAAAAGAGGGCAAAUUCAAAAAGUUUAGACGAAAUUUUCACAAAUCCACUAAUGAUUUAAAAGUGGACACAAACUUAACAAAACAGCGAUCGGUGUCGACGUCGGCGCUCAACCAUAUGGAUGACCGACACACUAGUCAUCAUCUAAUGGUCUCCAAACGAAACUCUGUGGUAUCAAUGACCACAUCUCUGAGGACUACCAGCAGUACCCACAGCAGUGGCAGCGAUGAAGAGUGUGCGGAACCGCUGUCGCCGGUGUCUGAAGAGCCGAAGAACAAUCAAAUCAGUGUCAAAGAGUUGAUUGAAAAAAUGAUCACUCAUUUGCAAGUAUUGGAGCGAAAGAAUGAAAUAUUAACACAAAGUUAUAGUGAGUUGAGUGACGAGAAGUCGGCCCUCGAGACAGAAUUGAGUUCAACAAAAGUUGAGCUAAACUUAUAUAAAAACCGAUUAAAUCAAAUCGAGACGAUGGCUGACGAGUGGCACUGCUCUGUAUGUCUGGACAAUAAGAUUAAAAUAGUGAACACCAAACGACAGAUUGUGUCCACACUAUGCGGUCAUCUAUUCUGCUCUUCCUGUGCCCAGAGUUUCAUGAACUCCAGCCGUCCCUCAAAAUACUGUCCCACUUGUCAUAAGCCAUUAAAAGAUGUGAAUGUCGUUAGGAAUAGUGCCGUUUUAGUGUACAAACAAGUGCUGAUCAAAUAUAUCUUGUUUAUGAAGCGAUUGUCGCGAACUUCUUUUAGGAGAAGUACUUCACAUUUGGACAAAAUGAUGGACUCAUCGUUGGAUACCAGCAGUCAAACCAAUUCAAUGAUAAGUGAUUCCGAUUCCUCUACCCUGGAGUUUACGGAGACAUUACCGCCGAGUAUACCUCCACCGCCGCCGCCGCGACCGCCUCCCAGACGUCGGCGCAAACACUCCACACCCGGAGCUGUGUUUUACUGCGAGGCCUCAGGGGUUGCGCUCAAUGAACCCCAUUCAGCGCCCGUCGGAAACGAUGACAACCAACCCUUCAGACCACUAGUCAAGAGGCCUUCAGUGCCGCCUCCGAUCCCUCCCCGAACGGUAUCGAUGGACGAGAGUUGGAUCAAAAGGCAAACGUCUGUAUUUGAAAAGAAUAGUCAAAAUAGUUUUCAAGCGGACGACAUCUUAUCCACAAAUCAAAUGUUCACAAAUGAAGAGCUCAUUAAAAACUUAACCCAAAACUUGUCAGUCAUCGAGGAUUUGAAUUUUCAAUUGAGAAGCGAACUGAAAGUGUGUCGCGAAGAGAUGUUUGCCGGAAGUGUCAACCCUUUGCCACCAGCCAUAGUGACCCUCAGCACCGUUUGGACCGCUCGGAGAAGUCAUAUCUACCGAUGUUUUACUCGACUUCCAGGGCUCGUCAAUGGCCUCAAACAUAUGGACCCUAACCUUGUUCCUAUUGGCCCACUCGCCCAUUUGGCUCCAAUAGUCCCG